AUUUUAUCGCUUUCGGCCAUUUAUAUUAGAGUUGACCGCUUUAUUUGCUAACCAAAUAUAAUAAUCAGAAAUUGUGCAAAACUCCGGACGAUCUGCUGUAGGAAGUGUGCCCGUGAAAAAUAUCAGGCAUCGUUUUAUAUUUCAGUACACAAAUCAACUAACUCGGCGAGAGCAUAUACAUUCACAUAUAGCACACAUUGUAUUAACAGGGCAAUAAAACAAAAUUUGCCAGCGACAAUGGCCAAUAACAAUGCGCCAGGCCAUUAUAAAAGGAAUGGCGUUGGUGGCAACAUGAAUGCUGGGAACGUUGAUGGCGCCGGUACUGGGGUUGCAGUGAGCAACUUGAGCGACGUUUGCAAUUUCCUGCAGCCAACUACCCUGAACACGGCGCUUAAUUUGCCACCAGGCGCCUGCUCCUAUGAUCAUCUUGUCGAGAUGAUACGAGGUCUUGAUAUGCAGGACGAUGGUAUUAGAAUGAAUCAUAAGAUGAAGGCUAUUCGAUCGGACUUUUGCGCGCUGGUACACGACGAAAACAUGUUAUGUGAAUGUAUGGACUAUAUCAAUGACAAAGCUCUCGGCGAUGGUGAUAUGGCAUUGAAAUUUGCGAUGCUCUUCUCUUCGCACAACUUUGACCAACUGGCAAUGAAAGAUAUCAAAAUACGUAGUGCCAUGUUGAAGGUGCUCGAAGCAAACUAUCUUAAUGCCGAUACCUACCGCAUUCAUGAUAAAGAACGCCUCUACAAUUCCAUUACAUUAUUAGGCGAAUAUUAUAAUCGUGUCCGCCUGGCCGAUCAAUCGCCCAUCACAAUUUUGGGCGAAUCUUUGCUAAGCCUUUUGUGGGUCUUGGGGCCCGAAGAAUCGGAAUUCGCAACUUAUUUUUAG